CCCGCCUCUCUCUCUCUCUCUCUCUCUCUCUCUCCCAUGCCUCGCCUUCACUCUGUAUCCCAAUAUCACUCUCAGCCCUCCAUCAAGCAGUCCCCAGGCUCCAACAUGUCCCCUCUUCCCCUGCUCCAUCUCAACCCUCGAACCUCCCCACUCAAAAGCAGGCCGGCCACCCCAGUCCACUUCCAAAACCCCGCCUGUCAAUCCACCAAACCUCGACACUCCGCCCCCGAGCAUCUCACCCGAUCCAAAUCAGCUCUUCGUCCGGUCUCAGACAACUCUACCCGCCCCAAACACCCCCUCAAAUCUACUGACAGAUCCCAGCUGGCCUGUACCGUCCAAUCGAUCCCCACUCCGUCUAGCACCACCAAAACCAGCUAUCGAAAAACUACCUCCAAGCGUUCUCGAAAACCUCGCGAAGGUACCACUAGUCCCCCACCGGCCCUCCAACCGGUCUCUCAUUUGUAUAACCUCUCCUUUCCCGAACCACAUCAGUCGUCUAUCGAGUCUCCUGAUCGCUUGAAUAACCCGUCCCCAACUCCUCAAACAUCAGAACUAGCCACCAAGCGCCAAGUACUCUCUCUAACCGACUUUUGCGACCAACUCACCGUCCAGGUACACGAUCAAUCCUUUGAAGUCACCCCAUCCAAGUGUUCACGUAACUCAAAGAAAAAAACCAGCAACCGAAAGUCCAAAAAAGGUGGUCAGCGUCGUGCUCCCAUGUGUCCUCAACUCAGUGAUUCUGAGGACGUGCUCACACUUGACCACCCAAUGUUUAUUCCUCAUGAGUCUCCUUCCAGAAGCGGCACACCAACCCCCAUCAAAAUUUCCGAAUCUCCUGUGCCAUAUAAUGGAUCCACUUUAAUUCUUGACGACGCCCAACUUGCUUCAUCCCCCGCUGCUACCAAACCUAGCAGCACAUCCGGCAUCUCAUCCCGUCGGCCAUCCGCCUCGCCCGUCUCGUUGCCCCCUCGUCAACAUGUGCGUGCCAAGUCCGUUGCCUCCAUCUUUGACUUGGACAAACCGCAAUCACCCUGCAAAUCUCGAGACGUCAAGGAUGACUGGGACAUGCCCCACGCCGCCCCCGCCCAAGGGCUUACUUGGCAACAGAUGGAGAAGAAGCUCAACAAAACUGUCCCGUCAGCUUCGACCAGUGGUCAUUUGGCGCAAAAGCUCGCUCAACAUGAUUCCAAGUCUUCCUCCGGCAACUGUGUUUCAUCCAAACCCAACACAAAAGAAACUUCUACACGCCGUCACCGAACCCCUCUGGCUCGUACUUCUAGCGCCAGCACUUUGUCACAACCUACCACAUCCAACCCCAAGACCAAUUCAUCCCGUUCAGAUGACGAAUCUGCGAUGACCUGGCAACAAAGCAUUCUCAGACCCUCCCUUAGACACACUCUCCUUGCCUCCCGUUCUGAUCAAUCGGUCAACACUUCUGAGUCCAAGUCUAGCAACACCAAAAACGCAGCUCUUGCCGGUGUCAAAACCCCAGUCAAGGCGACCUGCGCUCCUCGUAAGGCUGGUGUCACGUCUGCCGCUAAGCCACGUACCAGUGGUCCACCCGCGUCCUCUAACAAGCGCAGGAACAGCUUGUCCUCCACACGCAACUCCACGGUCCAGCCUUUGGAAAACACCCCGAUCCAUGAAAAGUCUCGUUCGUUGGGCUUAAAAAGUGGAGAGAACAUCUUUUCCGAAUGGAAAUCGUUCACUAACUCUGUCGACGAAAAAGUAGCUCAACCGAUCUUUUCAAACCCCUUACCCAUUCUUGGGGCUCAAAUCGAUUACAAUACCCCCAUUCGCCGCCAUGCUAAAUCAUAUACCCACCAGCCCACUGGUUUCCCUCAUCACCUGGUGCAACAAUCUAGUCAGCCAAAUAACUCGGCCCCUGUCUUUUCGCACAUACAUGACUCCAAGGACAUCAAAGUCAUGACCCCUAGCAAGCCUAGGUCUACCAGUGAAGACUUGUAUUUAGCUGCUACUCCUGGAAGCAAGCUUUCAUCACCUGCUCUGCGAGCCGCCUUUAUGUACGCCGGGCCACAAUUUCACAACAGCCCUUGUCCAGCGGCUUUGCCCGCUCCCAAAUUCUCUUUCGGUUCUGCAUAGACCGGCUGUUCUCUUUUUUUCUUCGAAGUGUUUACUAGACAUGAUUACCUCGCUUGCUCACUCAUUUUGGCGAACUGAAAUUAAUUUAAUGCUGCCUUUCACGAUACAAGCAGAAAUGUACAUUUUAAAUUUUUUGUCUCCUCCAAUUGGGUCUUUUUAAUUUUAGCAUUACUCGCUGUGUUUAUGUAUUCGGUUCAUCACCCAUCCAUGGCCACCCCUGUCCAAUUCCAUCGAUCCGCGUCAAACCAAGGCUGACAUCCGCUCGGUCAAACUCUCUACCCUACCUCACCUUUUUCUCUUGGUACUCAAGUACUUCUUCCCACUCCCAGUCUUGGACUGAUCUGUUGGCGGACUGUUCAUCUAGCCCAGCCUUCUACAUAACGCCAGCCCUAGUUUUCGCUAAUCUGUCAUUGAGGAUUUUCAUGUAUUUGUAAAACUUCCCUCUCAGUUCUUCCUCUUGCUGUUUGAGGAGUACCCUACAUACUACAAGCCACAGCACAUAUACAUACGUUAAGUUAUUGUGAUCGGCAUCUCUUCUUUUUUUGCAUCAUCCUUUCCUUAUCCCCCUUCCCGACAUAUACACCCAUUACAUCUUUGUCACUGUUCUAUGUAUGUACGUUCUUCAGUAUCCCAUUUUACUUUUUUUUUUCAAGCUUCGCUUCUUUGGACUUUAUCCUACCCAUCGACUUCUUCUUUUUUUUUUUUGAGCAUCGUCGCGAUGGUCUGUUUUUUCCUUUCUUAAGAUGUAUGGUCCUUUUCUUUCCCUCUUUGUCACUGAUCUACAACAAGCAUGUGUCCCCCUCCACCGAACAAGAAAAAACAAAAAUACAUAUUUAAUUCCCCCAUCUUAUCUUUGCCUCUCCACUCAAGCAUCCUGUAUAUGUCUUCUUACUACUUAUCCCACAUGCUUUGUUCCCCUUCCCUUGUUGCAAGCCUUCUCUUACCCGAUUGUCACUCGCUUCACAACAUCAUCCAGCUCUCUCUCUCUCUUUCCAUAAGCUAUAUUUCCCUUGUCACACUUUUCUUGCCCUCUUUCUCUCCUCUGCACACUUGCGUCUGAUAAUAUAUAUACUAUACAUAUAAUAAUGUGUUGUGUUUGUGAGUUUCAUGAUCCGAUAUAUAUAUAAAUGUAUGUUUUAACAAUCAACCAAUGUGCUGCUUUUGUUCUCUCUCUCCCUUUCAUUCAUUCUAUCCAACUCGUCUUCCCCCUCUCCAUCAUACAUAUUUAUCUUGACUGCUCACUCCCAACCCAUAUGGCAAUCCAAUCCAACUCUUCAUAGUCCUCCCAUAUAUAUAUGUCACUUAUAUGUAUGUAUGUAUGUAUGUGCAAGAUUGUGCGAGCAACAGAUGUGUCUCUUAUUGAUGAUCUUUUCGUGUGGGGUUUGGGUGGUUGGCAUGUGUGUGUCUUGUUAUAUAUACAUGUGUGUCUGCUAGCAACAAAUAUGACUUGAUCAUCAAUGAUUUUUUUUUCAAUUUAAAUUGAUUACAUGUGUUGUCAUGAAUGUGUCUUGCCAUAUAUAUAUAUACAUACAUACAUCUAUUGCUUGUCUUUGUUUGAUGAUGAUCAUGAGUCAAAUUAUAAGGAAUGAUUUAAGGAAUGAUUUGUUCAUGAAAGA